GCGGCGGGCCAGGCCUCGCGCUGUGACAGCCGCGUUGGAACACAGAGCCCGGGCGCUCACCGCCAUGAGCGCUGCCCUCUUCAGUUUGGACUGCUCGGCGCGCGUCGCGCCCUGGCCUGCGGAGCCCGUGCCCUUCUACGAGCCUGGCCGGGCGGCCAAGCCGGGCCGUGUGACCGAGCCGGGGGGCCUGGCCGAGCUGGGCGCCUCUGCCCCGGCCAUGUACGACGACGAGAGCGCCAUCGACUUCAGCGCCUACAUCGAUUCCAUGGCCGCCGUGCCCACUUUGGAGCUGUGCCACGACGAGCUCUUCGCCGACCUCUUCAACAGCAAUCACAAGGCGGGUGCGGCGGGCACCGGCUCGGGCGCCCUGGAGCUGCUGCCUGGCGGCCUCGCGCGACCCCCAGGUUCCGGCCCCGCCGCUACGCGACCGCUCAAACGCGAGCCCGACUGGGGAGACAGCGACGCGCCCGGCUCGCUGCUGCCCGCGCAGGUGGCCGCCUGCGCGCAGACCGUGGUGAGCCUGGCGGCUGCCGCGCAACCCACACCACCCACGUCGCCGGAGCCGCCGCGCUGCAGCCGGGGGACAAGCCCCGCGCCAGGCCUGUCCCGGGAGAAGGGCGCCGGCAAGAGGGGCCCGGACCGCGGCAGUACGGAGUACCGGCAGCGGCGCGAGCGCAACAACAUCGCCGUGCGCAAGAGCCGCGACAAGGCCAAACGGCGCAACCAGGAGAUGCAGCAGAAGCUGGUGGAGCUGUCGGCCGAGAACGAGAAGCUGCACCAGCGCGUGGAGCAGCUUACGCGGGACCUGGCCGGCCUUCGGCAGUUCUUCAAGCAGCUUCCCAGCCCGCCUUUCCUGCCGGCCUCCGGGACAGCAGACUGCCGGUAACGCGCGGCCGAAGGGGGGGAGGAAGGGGAGACUCACCAACCACCUAUACCUCAGACCCGACGGGCCCAGACCGAAGCCCUGCUCGGAUGCCACGAGAGCCGCAGGGCGCCGGCUGCAGUUUCUUUGGGACGUGAGUGAAAGGAAGCUACAGCCUGGAUUUACUGCCACUGAACUUCGACAGAAGCUAUACGUGUUUAUUUUCCCUUAAAUUAUUUUUAUAAUGGUAGCUUUUUCUACAUUUUACUCCUAUUGAUGCAGCUAAGGUACAUUUGUGUUUUUUUUUUAAAGACUUUUCACCCUUUGUAUUGUAGAUAAGAGGAAAACACUGAGCAUGCUCUUUUUUAUAAUAAUUUUUACAGUAUUUGUAAGAAUAAAGCAGCAUUUAAAACCUCCCGA